AUGGACAGCAUAGCCUUGGAGUCCACUCAUGACUGGUACAAAGUUCCAAGAGUGCUGGAGGACAAAAAGCCGACAAACAUCAACAAGGAAGUUGAUGCAGUGCUGAAAUACCUGAGGGAGCAAUGUGGGGCAAGUCGGCUUGCAUCUGUAGGCUUCUGCUGGGGUGGUGUAGCAACACACCACUUGGCCCUUCAGUACCCUGACAUCAAAGCUGGAGUCUCUGUCUACGGAAUCAUCCGCGAGAGGGAGGACCGAUACCAGCUGAAGAGUCCUACUCUUUUCAUUUUCGCUGAAAAGGAUGAGGUCAUCCCACUUGAUCAGGUGACGGUCCUAGAGGAGCACUUGAAAGAGAAGUGCACAGUUGAUUUCCAAGUCAAGAUUUUCCCUGGACAGACACAUGGCUUUGUCCAUCGCAAGAGAGAAGACAUCAACCCAGCUGACAAAGCAUUCAUUCAAGAGGCUAGGACAGACAUGCUAAACUGGCUGGAAAAAUAUGUUUAGAUUUGUCCAACAUAUAAAAGCUAAUAAAAUGUAUAGCGACCAA